UUUUGAGAAACUGCUCAGUAUCAGACGGACAAUAGCUGUAUACCGGUUCUGGAAAAAUGGGAUACCAAACAAAACCUUUUGCUAUGCUUCUAGCAUUAGCCCUGUUCCAAUGCUUUGUUUCCUCUACGCCCAUAGGCAGCGACUCGCAAUUCUAUAGUGGUUUGGAAUCCUUUAAUGGCAAUCUAUUUAGCGAAGUCUUCAAAGCCUAUGGCUCCAAGAAUCUAAUUUUCUCCCCAUUCUCCAUACAAACAUGCGUGACCAUGGCCAGUUAUGGUGCUGCCGGCAAAACUGCCGUCGAUCUACAAAAAGGUUUAGGUUUUACCGGUCAACCAUCGGAAACCGUGGCGGAUAACUUUCACUCCAUAUUGGCCAAAUAUGCCAACAGCAACAUUUUGAAGUUAGCCAACAAAUUCUAUGUCAUGGAAGGCUACAAAGUUAAGGAUAAUUUCAAUGAGGUCCUGACCAACAAAUUCUUUUCCGCUGCUGAAAAUAUAAACUUUGCAGAAAGCGCUAAGGCCACCGAAGCCGUUAAUAACUGGGUAAAGGAGAAGACCGACAAUGCCAUAACAGAUCUUGUGAAGCCCGGAGUCCUCACCAGCGAUACACGCAUGUUCCUGUUAAGUGCUAUUCAUUUCAAGGGUACCUGGAAGAAACCGUUUUGGCCUGAAUCCACCAAAGACAGCGAUUUCUAUACUGACGAAACGCAUAGCGUAAAAGUGCCAUUGAUGUUCAAACGCGGUAGAGCUGAAUAUGGUUGGUUAAAGGAUUUGGAAGCCUCUGCGGUACGUUUGCCCUAUGCUGACUCAGAUCUCUCCAUGUUGAUUGUGUUGCCCGAUACCCGCACUGGCUUGACUUCAUUGUUAAAGAAAUUAAAGAAUGUUCCAUUGAAAUCUCUGAGACAAAACUUGUCUGAAGGCUCGGGUGCCGUUGAAAUUUGGUUGCCUAAAUUCAAGGCUGAGUUGGAUGUGGAACUAAGGGAUGUUCUUAAAGAGAUGGGCAUGGGUAGCAUGUUCUAUGAAGCCGACUUUAGCAAUAUGUUUGACAGCCCCGAGCACAUUGCCAUUGGUAAGGUACUCCAUAAGGCUGUUAUUGAAGUGAAUGAAGAAGGAACUAAAGCAUCGGCUACCACAGCCAUGGAAGCUGUAAGUUAUUCUUCCCCAAGACAAUUCAAAGCUGAUCAUCCAUUUUAUUAUGUUAUCAUCAAUGAAGAUUCUGUUCCAUUGUUUGAAGGCACUUUCGUUGGUUUUUAAUUCAACUAAUUCUUAAUAAUUCUUAACAUAUUUCAUAA